ACGGUAUGUGUGCACGCGCCUCUCUCUCUCUCUCUCUCCCUCUGCACGCGCCUCUCAUCCAUCCUGUCCCUCGCGCGCCCACAGCUCUCCUCCAACCAGCCAGCCGCCGCACGCUCUCCCCACUCUGGUUUAAGCUAGCAGGCUAACGGAGGACGGCGGCUCUUCUUGUUAGCCGUUUUUGAAACAUUCCGGUUGCGGCGGCGGUGGUUUUUCUUUUAUUUCCCCCCGGUUUUUGUGAUGCGCAGACGUGGUUCUCGCUGAGCACCGGCCCGUCUCUCAGUCCUGUUUCCUCCUCCGGCUGACCGGGAGCCGCCAUGGAGUGCCGUGUCUUGUCCAUCCAGAGCCAUGUAGUCCGGGGAUACGUGGGCAACAAGAGCGCCUCUUUCCCGUUACAGGUUUUAGGGUUUGAGGUGGAUUCGAUCAACUCGGUCCAGUUCUCCAACCACACAGGUUAUUCCCAUUGGAAGGGUCAGGUGUUGACAGCAGACGAGCUCCACGUUCUUUAUGAGGGAAUCAAACUGAACAAUGUGCACCACUACGACUAUGUUUUAACAGGGUAUACCAGAGACACGUCCUUCUUGGAGAUGGUGGUGGACAUUGUUCAGGAGCUAAAGAGAGCCAACCCCAACCUGGUUUAUGUUUGUGACCCCGUCCUUGGCGAUCAUGGAUCUAUGUAUGUUCCUCAGAAUCUUUACCCGGUUUAUAAGAACAAGGUGGUUCCUGUUGCCGACAUCAUUACUCCCAACCAGUUUGAAGCCGAGCUGUUGACAGGGAAAAACAUCAGCACAGAGAAAGAUGCUGUAGAGGUAAUGGAUCUUCUCCACGCUAUGGGCCCAGACACAGUGGUCAUUACCUCCUCCGAUCUCCCCUCCAGACUGGGAGAUCGCUUCCUCGUGUCACUGGGCAGCCAGCGUCAUGUUCGUCCAGACGGCAGCAGGACGACACAGAGAGUUCGAAUAGAAGUUCCCAAAGUGGAUGCCGUCUUCGUAGGAACUGGAGAUUUGUUUGCUGCUAUGCUGCUAGCGUGGACACAUCACUAUCCCAAUGACCUAAAGACGGCCUGUGAGAAGACUUUUUCAGUGAUGCACCAUGUUAUCCAGAGGACCAUAUCUUACGCUCACGAGUUGGCAGGUCCUGGUCGGAGGCCCAGUCCCCCUCAGCUGGAGCUCAGGAUGGUCCAAAGUAAAGCCGACAUAGAAGACCCUGCUAUAGUUACGGAGGCUACAGUCAUAUCCUAACAUUACCCACCCCUAAGACUCAUACUAACCUUCACCCAUAAAUCUCUCAAGUCCUGUAUCUCGGUAAAUCUCUCAUAACUGUAAACUUUGACUGUCAUUGCAGAGCUCCAACAUCAUCCAGACUCCUGAAACACCUUAGUAUUGUAACCCCUUUAAGUCCUCAGUGUCCUGAACCUUGAAACAAACCCUCAACCUGUAAAUCCAACAACCUUUUACCUGAACCCUGUUCUGGAACCAGAGCCAUGGAUAGACAGGAAGUUUGGUCAGGUUGGACGUCGACUGCGUAUUUUAACAGGGCAAUGAUUCGAACUCUCCGGCUCUGCAGGGUUUCAGUAAGUUUUACUCUCAAGAUUGCUGUAAUGCUAAUUCCAUAAGCACAAUGCCUAAAAUGCAGCAUGUUAAGGCUAAAAAAAUGAAAAAUAUGAGGGUUCAGUCUGUCGCACUGUAGAGAAAUUCACUGAGGAAUUGUUAAUUUCACAUUUGGAAAAAACUGAUGUCAUAUUUGUUAAAGUAAACAUGAAUUAGUAGCAGUUAGCCAAGGAAAGUCUACAUAUUAUCUGUAGAUUAAUUGCUCCACAGUGCACUGAUUUCACUCUACUUGCAGCCUUAUUCACCCAAAUGAAUUCUAAAUCAACAUGAAAUUAAAGUUAGCCUUCCUGCUGCCAGCUGCAGAUCACAUGUACGUCACAAAAUCCAAGAUCUAAAGUAGGAAUUGGAAAGAAAACACUACAAUGUGCUUUAUUUGGCAAAAAAGUUAUCCAAAAUCUAAACCAUAUCAAUUCCUGCUCCAAAACGCUAUCUCUGUGUUCCUAAAUUUAAACUACAUUUCUGCUCUGUUACUGCCACUCCAUUUUGUUUCAUUUAUUGUAGGGUUGCAGAGCACACUGGUGGUACUCUGUUGAUCAAACUCUGUCAAUCUAUGGCUCUGCUCACCACUAUCUGGACCCCCUCCCCGUCUUACAGCAGUGAUGUAAUGGUGACCAGGUCUAACCCCCCCAAGACCCCCUGAAAAUAGAACAAAGGGGGAAAAAAACAAACAAAAAAAACGCACAAUGUAUAGUUGAUGUAUAGAUGUUGUACUAUAACUGUAUUGGACCAUCUGUAUGAUAUCUUCUAUCUGAUCUGUCUCUUGGACCAUUGUGUUGAUGCUACUGUACUAUAGACCACACGCACUACAAUAUCACUCAAACCACAGAUGUCUGAGCUGGUUCUGGUUCUACUGGAGGCAUCAACGGCUCCAGAUGUUGUCAAUGUUAGUCCAAUCAUGUUAGCGCGUAGUUGAACCUCCUUCAUCCAAACAUAAAGAAGAAUAGGCAACCGGAGCCGCCUGAGUUGCCGAUUUUACCAACAGAAGACCAAACAGAAGUCGGUUCCCCUCAGGGCCAGAACCAGCCCAUAUCCUGCCGGGCGGUACCGGCCCAGCUCUGGCCCAGAACCAUAUAUCAGAGAGUUGUGCCACUGAAAUUACUGGAGGCCUCGAGAAGUUGUGAAGGUUCCCCCACAUUUAGUAGCAGCUCCGUUAGUUUUAUUUUUAAUGUCCUUUUGGUUCACUUCACGCUCUACUGUAGCGACAUCAACAGAGAUGAUGCCAGAAGGUCCGAUUUCAACGUGAUGCCAUCAGUUGAAUCUUUAAAUGAAAUCCUACAUUACAGAUCUGAACUAUAAGCUUGGUAAACUCAUGCAAUUCAUUUCUUUUUUUGAUUUUUAUUAGUGCCUGUAUUAGUUUUUAAAAAAUGAAUUAUAUUACAAUUUAUCAAGGCCAAGUUAACCUCUUUAAACUGUAUAUUUUUCAGAAAAGCCCAAAAUCCAAAGAUGUUGAAUUUGCAGUGAUAGAAAAUCCCCUUGUAUGAAAAUGAGGAACCAACAUGCAAUACAGUUCUAGCUAGCAUAACUUAAACAUUCUGAUAAUGUUUUUCAGUUUUAAUCUAACCUGAAAUUGUGUUUUACGGAUAUUUAGCAUUUCAAAUAAUGUUCCUAUGAGGUCAAAACUUAAAGAGGAUGUUAGAAAGGGCAUUACCAGGAGGACAGAUUAUGGUAGAUGACAACAAAUUGGGAACGUUCUUAAAACAACAUACAAAUGAUAUUCUCACAGUGUUACCUAGGAUUCUUCAGUUCUUAAGAAAAAGCUUCUUGGAUGAACAUGAAACGUCUCCGAGAACCUAAAACUAAAAAGGCCAGUUUCUUUUUUACUGAAGCUCCAAAGACUGCCAGGACCUGGAUGACUGAGAAUCUGAUUGAUUUAGAUUUUUAUAGAAUGUUCUGUAAUGUGAUAUACCUCAUUUUCUUAAAGAGGUAUAACAUUAUAGAAACAUCCUAGGAUGUUCUCAAUCUCAAACAUAUGGUCCUUCCUACCUCUAAGAACAACAUUCCAGCUGGAAACAUUGCUAGAACUUUGCUGUAUUUUCUCAGAGUGCUUUUAGAACCAAAAGAAAUCUAGCUGGGAUCUACAAAACUUCUGAAAACCUUAUUAUUGAUUCAACUGUGGAAAUAUUUCAGGAAAUCUUACCCUCUAAUGGGGCAACUAUUGGGUUUCUCCCUGCACUACUGCGUUGACCUUACUAUGAGCUGUUUUCCAGUGCUGGAACAAUACGGUAGUUUUGGGACACAUAUUUUAUCCCAUAAAAAAUGUUGGCAAAUCAGAGAUUGUCAAGCUGAAAUUGUUCUAAAAAUGUGAUAAUUUGGGAUGGAAUGACUUAACAGACUUCUGUUGUUUAAUGCAGUCAUGCUCGUGGAACUAAAGUUAGGUCCAUUAACUUUUAUUUGUUGUUGUUUUGGUGAAGUCGAAGUUUAUGUUGCAGUCGAAGCGGUCAAAUUCUACACCCCAACGGAGCUGUGAGAUGGCGUGUGCUGUGAUCCAGCAUUAAAUUAAAAAAAAUUGAAUUGAAUAAAUCUACCAAACGAACCAAACGUGCUAGCUUGAAGAAGUUGUGAUACUUUCCUGAAGGUUUCUAGUUGAUUGACUGGUAAAAGUCAAUCUAAAGUCUUCAUUUGCUAGAAAGUGCUGUUCAUCAAAAUCUUGAAUAAUACUGUAAAUCUGCUGCCCUGGCAUUAAGUUUACUGGUGUGUUUUCCACAGUAGAGCAUGAUGAGAAAGAGGCGAUGAGAUCUUAACAUGCGACGGUGGUCAUGAGCCAAUUUCAAACCGACGACGUCGCAGGAACUUGGCAUGUGCCUUAAGCCCGCUGCUCUACCAGGGCACCACGGGAAAAUGAGAUUUUAACAUUUUUAAUUUACCUCCAAGAUCUUUUUUUCACCUUGUUGCGUCUUAAUUUAAAUAUUAAUUUAUCUUUUUACCAAGAAUAUUUUUGGAUAGUGUCGAACCAAACAUGCAGAGGCUGAACAAAAAAAUAAAACUAAAGUCCAGAUGCCGUCAGUGUCCCACCUGAGCUGGAUGUAAGGUUCUGGGCAGACCAGUGUAAUUCUGUACUGCUGUUGUUUCUCUAUGGACUGUACUGUGAUACUGCCUUAGGAACCUCACGUCAUAACAUCACAUACUGCUCACUGAAGGAGGUGGAGAGAUAGGACGAGGGGGAGGGAAGGAAACAUGAGGUGUCUUAAAUGUUUUUAGCUUCAAAUUUCUCUUUUAAAGUGCAAAAGAAAUAAGAAAAAUAUAAGAUUGUUUUUCUCUUUGCAUUUUAAAAAAUGGGUGCAAAGUUUAUUUUGUCAUUUCUUUGUUACAGUGGACUAAUUAACUGUUUUGAUUCAUAAAAUGACAGAAAUCCAACAAUUUUCAACCAAAUACAACAGAGAAAAGCAGCAAAUGCUUCACAUUUUGGUUUGAUAAAUGACAAAAAUUUGCCAAAAAAAGACACUAAGGUCACCUGAAUACACCUCUCAGACUGAUGUGGGGAAAAUGCAGGCUCAUUUUUAAAAACCGCAAUAGCUGACAUUGAUUUUUUGUACUUGUACGCUUAUAUUGUGCCGCUGUUGCACUGAUUGUCAUAUCAAUAACAGACUUGCUGCGUCUGUGCGUUUGGCCAACCAGCUCUCAGCUCUGCGAUAAUCAACACGUGCAUUAUCCAAUCCUCUGCUUCCUGCUAAACAAAACCAGUACUGUCGGGUUGAAACGUGUCUACCUGUUGUGUCUGUGCGUGUUGUGUGUGUUGGGGAGAGUGAUUGUGUAAAUAUAUAUAUAUAUAUAUGUCCUUUAUGGUCACAGGGUUUUGUGUGUAUGUGUGCGCAUGUGAAGUGAAAGAGCAAAUCCCUGAAAAAAACAUGUGGGAGGAGGGUUAAAAUAGAAACAGAAAAACGUUAGGAGUGGAGGGGAGGUGAGGUGUGUUCAAGAGGACAAUCAUUCUCUGAGGUUUUGCAGCAUUUUAGACGAAAACGUGACUGAGUCCUAAAUGUUUCCUUGAUGCCUCACCUCGCCUCCUCGUCCUUUCAUCCACAUCCGUCCUUUGAAUCCACCGACAUCCCUGCAGUUGUUGUGUCUGUAUUGCUAGUUUUUGGACCUUUAGCCUCGCUGUGUGCGUGUUUGUGUGUUAGAUGUACUGUACCCCGACUUACCCCCAUAUUUCUCUGGUAGAUCUACUGUCCCUGCUUUGUCCUUCUCUGGUCCCUGCUGGUUCCACCCUGCCUCACUCUGUUAAAUUUACCUGCACAGCGUUAAAAAAAAAAAGAAAAAUCUACUGUUAUCCAACCUGCUUUCAGUAACUCUUCCUGUAGUCUAACUGCUUCACCACAUCUAGGUUCAGCUGCUUCAGCUCUUCUUUCGCAGUUUACUUUAAGGAAUGUCUUGGCUAGUUAAGGUUUUAGGAAUAAGUAAGUCGUUUGGUGGAAAACAUCUGGAGCAGCAUCCAGGCAAUAACAAUCUAUGUCUAUAUCAGAAUCUUCAAGGGUUGAUCAAAAAGUUCAGAAAAAACUGAUUUGACUGCCAUCCCUAUCAAAGUAUCCCCCUUGUGCAGCCACACUCUGCUCCCAGUGCUCCUGCACAACGCUUGCAGCGCCACCUGGAAGUCCAAUUGUGCAAACAUGUAAAGCUGUAUUUCCAAAACUGUGCAGAAAUUGGGAGUCUUUAAUUUGAAUUUUAAGAAAUAAAUCUAGAUAUUGUGCUGCUGUGGCCAAAAAUAUGUGUUUAUUCUCAUAUGCCAUUGCAUCAUAAAUGAUGGUGUUUCCAUGUUGCCUCUGGAUGUUACAAUAUAUUGGGAAAGGGAUUAUUUCAUAGCUGACAAUUACGUGAAUGUUGACGCCAACAACAAGUAUGUUCACAGUUUGCUUCUUAUCUGACGCACCAUGUACGUCUUUGGAAACUGCAACUUUCCACUGUUGAACUGCUGUUUCUCCCUCUGAUGGUUGCUGCAGACCCAUGUCGAGUCACUGUGAUCAUCCUCCUAUACGAAGGUUGGAUCAUCCUGUGGCCUUUUUACACUAAAUGUAAUGUUUUCUUCAUGGAUUUAGUUUGAGCUCCAUUGGAAAAUUGCAAAUUAACACCUGCUUGUGGUCACAAAAGCAUCUGUAACACAGAUCCAGAUGUUGAUAGUGGGGUGUUGCACGAAAGCCUGAAUCGUUACAGUAAUUACAUGCACCCCAACAAGUCUCAGAACUUUUUGAUGAACCCUCCUGAGUUUAAAAGAAAUCUGUUUUAAAGAUCCUAAAUUAUUUAUUAAACUUAAAUACUAAAGCAUGAUUACUCACAGCCAAUCAAAUGGGAUCAAACUUCACCAAAUCUUGACGGAGAUGAGUCAAUUUAUUCCGUCAAACUUGAAAAUAUCAGUAUCAAAAUCUAAUAACUAAGAUUUGAAGCUAAUUCUAACAUUUUUUUUUAAACAUGAGGUGCUUUUAUGUAAAAUGAAAUGUAUUGACUUUGAAAAAAGCUGAAAUUGAUGAUGGUUCAGCUCCAUUAGGUUUCUCAGAAUCCCAAAAGAUCUAAUCCUAAUGCAAACCAAAGCAGCUUCAAAUGGUCUGGCUGAUCUAGUUACCUUCCAGUCCCUGUUAAUUUAUAUCUUGCAUUUUGUGGAAAUGCAGUUGCAGCAGGUCUUGCAGCCUUUUUCCAAUAAAGAAAACAAAUAAUAAUGCUAAAAAAAGCAAUACACAAAAGCCUUUAAACACUAUAAACAGCUGCCAGGUCUGAAAAGUAGAGAUGUGCUCAUGAUUGUGUGUUUCUAGGAUUAACCUGACAUCAGAUGAACCUCUCUGUCUGUGAUUUAAAGGGUUAAAGGACCGUUUCAUGCUCCUUUGCUCAUCCAUGCUUUCACACCUCCUCUGUACCUGUUGCGAUAGGCCCCGCCCCCUUCCGUCUUCCCCCUCUGUUUGGUUACAAAAUGGCCGCCACUAGAACCUGCACCGGCCCGCGGUCCUCUCCUCUCCUCCUGAUCGACGGUUUCCAUCACCUCCACCAUCUUGUUUUUUUUUUUUUUUUUUUUGUUCUCGGUGGCCAAAACAAAAACACAAAACAAAAACGAGGAAAUGUACUAAUCAUUGUUUGGUAACUGUUUUUAGUGCUAUGUUUUUGGAGCGUUACGAGUAUUUUCUAACAUGUUACAAUAAAAGAUUGUAGUGUACAAAUUCACAUUUAUAAAAUAUAUAUAUAUAUAGAUAUAUAUGAGAAAUGUAUGUUCUAAUGCAAUAAAGAGAGAUUAAGAAUUAUGAAAA